CAGAGAAAGAGAGAGAGAGCACGAAGAGAGAGAUGAGAGAAAUAGAGCUAUCGUUGAACCAAACCCAGAAAAUAAGGUUGAAGAGAGCACUCGAAAAGCUCGAGUCUUUUUCUUCAAAAGCCAAUUCCAAUUCCAAUGCCUCUGUCUCCAUUUCUGACUCCAUCCCUGUCAACCUCGAAGAUGGCGUUCUCAAGGGACAUGGAACUUUGGACCUCAAUGGGGAAUUGGUUGCUACGCUCUGCGGAGUGGUGGAGCGUGUGAACAAGCUCGUAUAUGUCCGCGCGUUGCGGGCUAGGUACAAGCCAGAGGUUGGAGAUAUCGUAGUAGGGCGUGUUAGUGAGGUUGCUCAAAAGCGUUGGAGACUGGAUAUACAUUAUAGCCAGGAUGCAGUUUUGAUGCUUUCUUCGAUGAACUUACCUGAUGGUAUCCAGAGGCGGCGAACAGCUUUGGAUGAACUCAACAUGCGCAGUAUUUUUGAAGAGAAUGAUGUUAUUUGCGCUGAAGUCCGUGGUAUCCAGCAUGAUGGCUUACACCUCCAAGCAAGAAGUCAAAAGUAUGGCAAGCUUGAGAGGGGUCAAUUGCUCACAGUUCCUCCUUAUCUAGUUAGGAGACGCAAGCAGCAUUUUCACCAUCUAGAACAGUACGGAGUUGACUUAAUACUUGGGUGUAAUGGAUUCAUUUGGGUUGGUGAACAUGUUGAAGCCAAAGAUGAUAUGGUAGAGGAUCAAGUGAGUAAACCUGAGCAACAGAAAUUUAAUAAAAAUUCCAUUAGUCUUGAAGACCAAGAACAAACAUACACUCCGAUAGAGACAAGGCAGAACAUAUGUCGGAUUGCAAAUGCUGUCCGGGUAUUAUCUAUUUUAGGCUUCAAUAUAACCAUUGAAGUGAUCAUGGAUACCAUGAACCUGAGUAGCUCUCUGAAUCUUGAUAUACAUGAGAUGCUUGGUUCAGAGUUCUGUGUUCUGGUUGCAGAGGGAGAGGCUGAACGGCGAAGCUUGACUAAAAGGAAAGGAUGAUUCUAGCAUCCUUGUUAUGUGCCAAGUGCUAACUGUUUAGAGAAGCAUCUACCUUCAUAUCCUCUCUUUUUAUUGUUUUUUUUUUUUUUUUGGGUGGUUUUGUACACUUAAUUUGGUUAGCUACUUAGACCAUGAAUAUUAGGGAGCGUUUUUUGUCAAUUGUAAAGGACAAUUAUGUAUCGUGAGCAGAAUUGUAUUUGUCCAACAGUACUUUUCCUAUUGUGGGGGAAAAAUGUAUUUGUCCAGAUCUUGGUAGUAUAAUUAAGCCCUUCUAUUUCAUAUUGAA